CUCGCUAAGAGCCAGUCGAGAUCCUGAAGUCGCCUCACACUAUGACACGUUAAUUUGAGUGAUAGGCUACACCUUAACCAAAAUCUCGUUUUUCUGUCAUUUGGACAAAGAAUUUGAGCGGUUCUGUUUAGAAACUUUAACGGAAAACGGUCUCAUACGGAUAUGUGAGUCAUUUAUCUGUGAUGUUCUGUAUGGCUUGUCAUGCACAGUCCAGGCAUCAUUGUUUACGUACAGUUAAAUAUUUUUGGAACCCAACGCGCGCGAAAUAUUUCCGUAAGCAAUAUUUUUUUAGAUCAUGUUCGUCUAUAUACACGGUUUGUUUCAAAAUACUGAAAAAGAAGUUGAAUGAUGAUGCGCGCGACAAGCGCGUGAAUGUCGCUUAUUAACGUUAAUGAAGCCGUCGUAUCGCUUCAUAGGCAUUAAUGACAUGUCUUAGUCAAUAUAUGUGCCGUGAAAACGAAAAUAUGCAUAUGGAAAGCCAUAUGUAUAGUGACAAGAUAACAGUGUUUUUUUUUUUUUUUUUUUUUUUUUUUAGCAAAAUAUGAAACAUGCCAUCCUUUCUGGGGCAUAUUAUUCGCUGGAAAGAUCUUCGACCAACGUUUUCCUACGGUCUCCAAUGCAAACGUUCCACCCUUUCAGUAAUUUUGACUAACUGGUGAAAACUGGUUAAUCAUGAUGAACAAGACAUCAUAACGCUCGGGCUCCAUUUACCAAUAACGUUUACUGAGCCGAAUAAUUUUAGUGGUGCCUUAGAAAUGAAUGAUGAUGGAGGCAGAAAACGCGGAGAGCUGGUUUUCUCUGUCUCAAAACGGAACCACACAUUUAAACGCCUCGAACCUGGGUUUCCUAAAUGCGUCGUCUCCAGUGAGUCUGUGGGGCGAUGCUCAGGAUAAAGAGGUGACACGACUGGACGAGAUUCUUCGCGCACAUGAGAGAGCAUACAGAGAUUUCACCACCACCAUUCAAGUUUUCAUCCUCAUUGGCUCCCUUUUGGGCAAUGCUGCAGUGCUUUGGUGCACCUGUUACACCAAUGUCUUUAAGACAGUCACAAACCUUUUCAUCAAGAACCUGGCCUGUUCUGGCAUAUGUGCUGGGUUGGUGUGCGUGCCAUUUGACAUAGCUUUGAGUGCCAGCCCCCUGUGCUGUCUAUGGGUCCACACACUCCUGCUGUGUAAGGCCAUCAAGUUCCUACACAGGCUUUUCUGCUCUGUCACUGUGCUUAGCUUUGCUGUCAUCGCCCUGGACAGAUACUACUCUGUGUUGUAUCCACUGGAGAGAAAGAUAUCAGAUGCCAAAUCCAGAGACCUGGUUAUCUACAUCUGGGUGCAUGCAGUGGUGGCCAGUGUCCCUGUUUUCGCUGUUAGCAAUGGGACUGAUGUCUACGCCACCUCUUCUUGUUCUGAAGACCAACCACUUGGACAUCUGGUUUAUAUGGUCACUUACAACAUCACCACACUUAUUUUACCACUAGCAGUGGUGUUUCUCACCAUGGCAUUAAUUCGCCAUGCACUAAGCUCCAGCCAAAAGAAGAAAGUAAUCAUUGCGGCCUUGCGCACCCCUCAGAACAGCACUUCUAUCCCGUAUGUGUCUCAACGCGAGGCAGAACUCCAUGCCACUCUGUUGUCCAUCGUCCUAGUCUUUGCACUCUGUAGCACCCCCUAUGCUGCUCUGGUGGUAUAUCACACAGUGGCGGGGGCUGCAAAAGCCUCAUCUUGGUUGCAACUGACUGCUGUGUGGCUACCAAAGGUCUCUCUCCUCACCAAUCCACUGUUUCUUCUCACAGUAAACCGCUCGGUCCGGCGUUGCCUACUCGAUAUGCUAUCUCGCCUGCACCGUCGUUAUAGCCGAAGGAACAUGGUCAGCGCUGGAGGGCUGACUGAAGUCGGGGCACUGGGGGGUGAGAUGGUGGCUCACUCUGGAAGUCAGCUUCUGGAGAUGUUCAAUAUCGGCCAACAGCAGAUCUUCAGACCAAAUGAAGAUGAAGAAUAUGAGAAUGAAAUUUCCUUAGUGGCCUCUGCCAACAUCCAGCCCAAAGAUGAAGGACAGGGUGGAACUGGGAGGACAGGAGAGGUGGCAGGGGAGUUGCGUCAACAGCAGUCUGUGGAUGGGGUUAAAGAAGAGGGCCUAGAGUUACCAAAACAUUCCCCUAUUCAGUCUUGUGCCUACUCCUCUUUGCAGGUUGCCCCAGCUACACCCACAGACCCUGAGGAUGCCACGCAGUUCGGUUUUGGGCCAUUUGAGCUGCCUCCUCAAUGGCUGCCUGAAACCAGGAACAGUAAGAAAAGACUACUGCCCCCUCUGGGUAACACACCAGAGGAGCUGAUUCAAACCAAGCAGCCAAGAGUGCGCCCUGAGAGACGCAUUAGUAGGAACAAUAAAGUUAGUACCUUCCCUAAUGUGGACCCAUAAAAUACAGUCAAGAGUACAUAUGGACCAAAUCAUAAAAAGCCAAGAAAAACACUGUCAGUUUUAUAUCUAAUUUAAUUUUAGACCAUUUUCUUUUUAUUAUUUUUGGGUAUCCACAGUUUUCCUGACCAAUCACUGGGCUGCACCAUGAUGAUUCUUAUUGCCACUGGACUGUUUUUUGGUUCCGGUCUCCAUAAGAAGCAAUGUUAAAACAACCGAAACUAGCAAUCCAGAUGGAGAACAACAACCAUUUUAAGUGAUAGUUGGGGUAAAAAUUAGUUCAGGCUCAACUUGUCCAGUUGUUGGCUGCAAAAACAACUCGAAGUAGUUAAUGAUAUCAACGUAACUAACCUUGGGCCAUCACUUCAUGUCAUCUACCCACUCCCUAACUUUGAUGGGUGAAGCACUGUUCAAAGACAGUCAUCACGACUCUUUAAAGUAUCGGCACUAUGGAGCCACAUGCUUUUUUAUUUGGUAUAUUUUUUUAAAUGUAAUACGCUAAACAUCACAUUAUCCACUAGAAACAAAUGCUGAAGUGAGUGAAAACACUGGAGACCUGAAAACGAAAACAGGCUUCCGUUAUGAAUCAUAGAACUCUUCUAUAUUUAAGAAAAAGGUGGAUAGAGAAGCAGUAGAUUUGACAUUUUCUCUUGUUUUUGUCUGUUUGGGCAAGUUCAUCUCCAUGUUCUGAUAAACAACUGAACUGACAGACUAGGACACUGAUCUUCCACAGGAAAUGCAAGAAACAACCACAAAGGCAUGGAUUGUAUAACAUUCACUUUGUUGCAAUGGUGAAUAAAAUUAAUCACAAAUCAUUUCUAUGUAAAGAUGUCCAUGCUGUUUUGAAUUUGACUAAUAUGUUCUGCUCUACGUGACAUCUUGAAACAGCACUUAACUGCACACAUUUGUAUUUAGAACCAUGAUCUAUUUUAAAUAACCUUGUCAUUAACAUGGAAUGUGGAGUCUGCACAUACAGCAAAUACUAAAAAGGAAAUUGAAUUAUAUCACAUAUUUAUCCAGUAAGUGAGCUGAUAUUACCUUAUAGUUGGUUGUCGCUGGCAGGUGUGUCUGCGUGCACAGUUGGUAUUCAGCUGAAGAUGUUUUGUGUCUCAGAAUACAUAAAGUAUCUGAGAUCCCAUUCUUGAUUCAUGUCAGAUCAGGACACUGAUUCAGGACGUAUCCUGCAUUCACUGGGACAGAAAGAUGAGAUGAUUGAUGCUGUAUCAUCAACUGUAUUUAAAAAAAAAAAAUUUUGAGCUACAACAUGCUGAGCCAAAUGAUAUGAGCUUAAAAGUGAAGUGCGUAAUUUUUGUGCCACUAACAUCACCAAAUAAUGACUAAUAAAAAUAAGUAUAUUUUUAAAUAGGUUUCCCGAUCACUCCCCCCAUCUGCCAUUAGUGAAACAAACAGAUAGUCUCAAUCCAAACUCAUACUAUUGGUUGAGCUAAUAUUGUAGUGCUAGUUGGGAUGCUCAAAUAAAUAGAGCAGUACUGUAUAGCAAGACAAAGCAGUGUUUACACUGUUAAGGAAGAUCAACCCACAAAUGACUUAUACUUUUCACUGUCUCUGCAUUUUAAGCUGGGAUAAGAAAAAUGUUUUAGCAUCAAAUGCUGCAAAGUUGAUUAGAUGCUUACCUGAUGUGAUUUGCAAGACAGACAAUGCAACAACAAAAAAACUCACAACACUUGGUGGGUGCACAACACUCAUUGAUGCCGUUGGAAAAUCUCAGGGAAAGAUGAUGCAUUAUUGACAAUGUGUGUGAGCUUUGUUAAGAUUAUAUAUAGGCUAUUAUAAAUCCUCUGAUGAUUGGAUCAUCUCCCUAAUAUCAACCCAUCAGAACCAUCACAGCCAUUGUGUGUGAUCAGCUAUUAUCAAGCGCAAUAACAGCAUUUGUAGAUCCUGCUUGGAUCUUGAAUUAAAUGCCUUCUUUUCAGUUAAAUCAUUUAGUCAGUUUUAAGAUCCUGAAGUGUGCAGAGAGAUACGGCUCUGUUGUCAGAGAACAAAGACGUCUCAACACACUCUCACGGUGAAAUCAUAAGGUUUUGUAUGAUUUAGCUAAAUCGUAUGUAAUCAUACGACUUAUGUCAUACAAAUUCAUAUGACUUUUACAACAGCCAAUCACGUUAUUUGCCAUCGUUUCCUUCUAAAUAAUGACAAUUACUCGCUACUGUCACACAACAUACUCACCAUCGUUUCCUUCUAAAUUAUCACGUGAUCAAUUCGUACGAAAUCAAACGAAUGAAAUCAUACGACAUCAUACGAAUUAGCCACCUCCUAAAAUUCAUAUGACUUUUCAUGAGAUCGGGUUGGACCUCUGUUUAUGUGUGUUAAAUACAAUAAGAAAGGGAGGUAUUGUUUAGGAGAAAAAAAGUGUUGUGACUCAGGUUUUUAUAAGGGUUUUAUUGUUAUGAUACAUUUUUCACUCCUUAUACCUUUUCUUUCUUUAAGAUGUCCCAAGUUCGAUUUCCUAUGUUUUUAUUUAUUUGGAAGACAUUUUCUGUCCAGUUUACUUCUUAUUGAUUGUAUUACAGAGCUCUUUAAAAAGCAUAUUGAUGCUGGAAAUAUAAUGUCCGUAAAAAUAUCUUAGAAGUCUUUUUCAUGGCAUUGGUAUAUUAAAUAUUACUAAAUUACAAAUGUCUCACUAACUGAAUGGGCCAAUUUUCAAUAUAUAUUUACGGUAUAAUUAUAAAUAGCUGUCCUCAUUAAGGGCAUUGCAUAAAGAGAAACAUAGUUUCUGUGACGUAAUCGUCUUUUAUGGCAAAGGUAAAGCUUAAGAUUAAGCUCUUUCAUGUGACUUAAAUUAUAGAAGAAUAAACAGUUGUUGAUAUUAAAGAAGGUGGCAUUUUUUCCAUAUACAGGUUUUAGUAUCAUUAAUUAAAAUGUCUUGAUGGAUUUUGAAAUACUUUUUAUUUAAUGUGUUUCCACACUAAACCUUUAAAUUAAAGCAUGGAAAAAUAUGCUUUUAAUUAAAAAAGUAAUUGAUAAGUCAAAGAGUGUAAUGCUGAAAUUUCCACAAUGCCUUCUUAAAUUUGUCUGUAUAGACGUCUGUCGAUGACACAUAUGUCCCUUGAAUGCUGAUUCGUAUGAUGAUAAGUACACUUCCUGAUUAUGUGAAAUUUACGUAAAUACAGAAACAGCUAGCUUGGAUUUCUAGUUGUGUAAAUGUUAUGUAUAAAUAAGGCUUGACCUAGUGCUUUGUGCUCUUUCUUUUUGACAGUGC